AUGGAUUUCACGGAAGAUGAGAAGAGGAUUGUGAAGACGAGGUUGGUCAAGUGGCAUCGGCUGUUGGUGACUGUGGGGAGGGAGGUGGAGCCUGUUCCUGAGGAUGGGUGCUUGAGGAGGGUUGGGGAGGGAGGAGGCGCACGAUACCCAUAUCCUAAACACGUCUGGUCACCAGCAGGUGGCUGGUGGGUGCAACCCAAAAACUGGGCAUCGAACACCGCUAUCGCUUUUGUCGGCGUUCUCGCCACCACAUACGCUGUUUGGAGCGUCAGCGCGGACAAGGAGCGCCGGCUGUCGCAACCGGAUAGGUGGAUUCCUUCGAUGCUGUGGGCGAAAGAGUACAACAACGAGGAAAAGAAGUAG